UCACCCCGACUCGUGGAGUUCGUCAGGGAGACCCUCUUUCCCCUUACCUCUUUGUUCUUUGUAUGGAAAGAUUAUCUCACAGGAUCGAUGAGGCGGUUAAUAGUGGGCAAUGGAAGCCGAUACGGUUAACUAAUGCCGGGCCGCCACUGACCCAUCUGUUUUUUGCAGAUGAUCUUUUAUUGUUUGCAGAGGCUGAAAGGAGGCAAAUCCGGGUCAUCAAGCAGUGCCUGGCGGAUUUCUGCUACAGCUCGGGUCAAAGGAUCAAUUUCAGCAAGUCUAUUCUUUAUGUUUCCCCGAACGUUGCUAGACAUAAAGCCGAGAACUUGAGUUCCUGUGCGGGGAUUCCUUUGAAAGCUGCUUUGGGGAGAUAUCUCGGUAUUCAGGCAAUUCAAGAAAGAGUCACCAGAGGGAGAUACCAGUCUCUUAUCCUGCGCAUUCAAAGAAAGAUGGCACCCUGGAAAGCGAAACGGUUAUCCUUUGCGGCUAGACUCACUGUCGCUAAGUCGGUAACCGCUUCUUUGCCUGUCUAUACGAUGCACACUGAAUUGAUUCCUAGUGGUGUGUGCAGGAACAUUGAUAAGAUCACUAGGGACUUCGUCUGGGGAGCUGAGGAGAAUCGCUCCAAAUUGCACCUGGUUGCUUGGGAGAGGUUGACUCUGGCGAAGGACCAAGGUGGGGUGGGCCUGCGUCCAACUCGCCAGGCUAACUUGGCUAUGUUGGCUAAGAGUGGCUGGCGUCUUCUUCAGGAGAAAGAUAACCUUUGGCGGCAACUCCUUCUCUCGAAGUACGGAGGCCAAAGGACAGGGCUCGAUGUUCUGCGGAAAAAACAGGGAAGUUCCUUCACCUGGAGCAGCUUCUCCAAAGCUGCGGAUCUCCUUAAGCAAGGCUGUGCGUGGAAUAUUAAAAAUGGAAGAAAGACUAAAUUCUGGUGUGACCCGUGGAUUUUGCAGGUACCCUUGAAGGAGGUCAUGACAGGAGACUUGCCAGGCGAGGCCGAUGAGGCGGUGGUAGCGGAUUUUGUUCGGGAUGAUGGGAGUUGGCGCACGGAGCUGAUCUCUAGUCUGCUUCCACCGGACAUCUGCGCCAAGAUCACUAGCACGGCCGUGGAUAAAAUUUCUCAAGAGGAGGACGCGUUGUUCUGGUCUCCGUCUGCAGAUGGCCGCUUCACCACCAAAUCUGCGUAUGGACUUCUUAUGCCGCAGGAACAGCAACCUCGGGAAGGAAUUUGGAAGAAGAUCUGGCGCCUAGAGGUCCCAGAGCGGAUCAGAGGGUUCGUUUGGCUAGCUAUUCAGGGAAGGAUAGCGUCUAAUGCUCUUCGGUUUCAGAGGAAGGUGGCGGAGACGCCUUGCUGCCCGCGGUGCGAAGGUUGUACGGAAACAGCUCUCCAUAUUAUGCGUGAUUGCCCUCCUGCUUUAUAUUUUUGGUCCAGACAGGUACCUCAGGGGAAGCAGCAGGUUUUCUUCAGUGCCAACCAUGAUGAGUGGUUUCGCAGUAAUUUAUUGAGUACGGAGAGCACCAUUUCGGGGAUUAAUUGGCCAGGUUUCUUUAGUAUAUCUAUCUGGCUCCUUUGGAAGAACCGCACUACCGCUGCGUUCAAAGGCUUAGGGGCGGCUCUUACUGCUCCUUCUCUUAUGCAGUCCAUUAUAACCAAGAGUAGAAUUUGGAAUGAGUCGUGGCAGGCACCGGAGCUGUUCCUCAGUCAUAAAAAGCAGAAGGCAGAUCGGGUUGUGGCAGCAGUGGGGUGGACACCGCCAGCAGAAGGUUGGGUGAUGGUUAACACGGACGGGGCCUCAAACGGGAACCCGGGUCCGGCCGGAGCGGGCGGUGUCGUCCGGGAUUCUUUGGGUCACUGGUUGGGAGGGUUCGUCGCCAACAUCGGGAGUGCUACUGCCGCCUUAGCGGAGCUCUGGGCCAUCUUCUAUGGGUUAGAGCUGGUUUGGAAACUUGGUUUUCGGGUGGUGAAGAUUGCCACCGACUCGCAGCUUGCUAUUCAGUUGAUUCAGGAGCGACAUGAUCCUAUUCAUCCUUAUGCCACCUUGUUGAGUCUCAUUCGGAGAAAGAUGGGCCAAGACUGGUUGGUUAGCCUGACUCAUACAUACCGAGAAGGGAAUAGAGUCGCGGACUGGCUCUCGAAGCACAGUCUCGUCUAUCCCUACGGUCUGCAUGAGUUGGCUGAUCCUCCUAUGAGCUUGGUUGCGAUUCUGCAGGAUGAUACGAGAGGAACUACUUUUGAUCGCAGUAUAGUGGCUAAUCAUCCCCCUCCUUCUUAAUCUGCCCCUGUAAUCUUCUUUUCUUUGGCCUCGGCCUCCCCUUGAUGCAAAAAAAAAAAAAAAAAAACUGAACUUGUGAAGAUAAUUAAUUAAUGAAGGCUUAAUUACCAGGACCGAAAGUGAUGUCGCGGAUCGAGCCUUCGGUGAAGCCGUCGCGCCUGUUGCGCUUGAUGUCGGCGUAGAGGUUUGGCAUAGCCAUCGGGAAAACAGCUUGGGCCGCGGUGACGGCGCUCCAAACGUCGCUGGCGGAGGAGAACAUCCUAAAUGUCACAGUCUCGGUAACUAUAGGCAUUUUUUUCUUCCUUCAAUUUCCAGGCAAAAAGCAACAGAUCGAUGUAAGGGUAGAGGGAAGUUAAUUAAUUAAGUUGAUGUAUUGGAUCAGCUCUGGGAUGAACAUUUCGUGUUUCAUACCAGGGGUAUAUAUAGUGCUUGCUUCACUUCCACCUUCCUUCCACUUUCUUUUUCCAUCCCAACUAUACAUCCUUAAUUAUUGCUUCAAUUCCAGCUAAUUAUUCAUUAAUUAAUCGGCUAAAGAGAAGUUUCUAAUUAAGUUUCCCAAAAACUUUAUCGUUUACGCUGUUCGACCGGAAAAUCGCAAUAGAUGAUCGUGAAUGCAUGUAUACCAUAUUCUGUAAACAAUUAGUAAUUAAGACAUCUUUUAUCUGAAUUAUGAAUUAAAAAAAUUGACGUAUAAUAUUAUACAUUAAUCUUUGAUCGAUACCCCGGCCUCUUGCCUAAUUCUCUAAAUCUAAAUACAAAUAUCAAUACAAUAAAAAAUAAUAAUCAACGAUUAUAAUUUGCUGAAUUACAACAAAUUGUACAUUCAAUCAUCAAAUCAUUUGGACUAUGUUUUAUUCAAAGAAUACUUCGAUAAUUACCGUAUAUGUAUUUGUAUAUAUAAAAGUCCACUGUCCACAAAAGAUAAAAAUAACUUCUAUUAGUUCUCAACUGUUUUAGCAAGUUGACCCCAACGUGGGUAGCUUCACUAAAAUAAUGUUGGAGACCUCCAAAUUUAAAAUGUCUUUUUAAGUAAAUUUAUGGAAAAAAUAAAUGAAAAGACUCAAGUUCCUUGUGUACUCUUUUGAAGUCAAUUCCACCACCUCAUUAUUUUGGGUAACAUAAGCAUAGAAAUUUGUUAAAAAAGAGGGCUAAUUCAAUAAAGAAAGUUGUUGAAAAUCGAUUAGUCGAAUCGAAUCAGAUCAACGAUUGGGCCAGUAGAACAACUAAAUUAAUACAUUGACGUUUCGGUUCAUUUCAAUGAACGGUUAGCGAGGGACCCAACUAAACUAAUUUGAAUAUUUUGUUAGAACUGUUUUUGUGAUAUAAUUAUUAGUAUAGGUAAUCCAUGAGUUAGUGCCAAACGUUGACUCUAUUAUUUUCUCCAUGUAAAAAAAAGUCGUUGUAAUAAUUAUGAGUAUAGGUAAUCCAUGAUGUCGUCAUGUUAAUUGCCAAAGAUGGCGUCACCAUAUCGCCGCUGCCUCCAUUGACGGACCUAAUUAAUUGUUUUUUUAGUA